AUGGCCAGUCCACCUCCUUCCUAUGGCGACGCCCCUCCUCUCCAAAGUUACCGCAGGUCCUUUACUCUACCUGCACGCACGCUCUCCCUCCAUGAAAAGGCUGGAUUGGACAAGUCAGACGCCGAUGCCGAUCUCCUGUACUCCCACCCCUCUGCGCGCAUUAUCGCCUUCUCUCCUCCCAAAGAGUUGAUCCCCACGCAGAGCAAGGAGACAUUGCCCGAUGCCGACUACCCCAUUGACACGGUAGAAACCCUGCCAUGGCGAUCGCGCACAGAGAUCUUGGCUGCCACCGGUCCUAUAGUCAUAGAGAAGGUCCGUGGCUCCAGCUAUUUUCUGAAAUCCGCGGACCAGAAGGUCAUCCACACCAUCAUGCGCAAUUCGCAGUGCUGGUGUGUCGAUGGAGAAUCAAAAUUCGUCUUGCGCAUAGGAAAAUUCAGAUACUACAGAAUCGAGCUUCCGUCGGAAACGGAAGAGGACAAGAAGAAAGUUGAGGAAUUGAAAGCGGCCCUGCCGAAAGUGCUCCGAUUUGAGAGGACGCCAUGUCCUUUCAAGCGCGCAUUUCACGUGGACCUCCCAGAGGAUGCAAUAACACCUCGAAGGAAAGGAACCUGGAAACGGAGACAGCAGCCGGAACCGUCCACUCCAAACACUGACCCAUUGCCCGUGGGCAGGACGAAGACUUCACGAGCGUGGAGUUUUCAAGGACAGAACGGCUUGAGAUCCGUUCAGACUUAUGGACGUCGUGGAUCAGACUAUGGCUACAGCCCAAGUCCAAGCUCGUCCCGGUCACGGCCCGCAGCUGAUGGCUACCGAUCCUCCACACCGUCUAGUGUUGCAUCUAGUGAGGACCGCCGCGAGAGAAGACAGUUCGACCAGUCCAGUGACGAUGGUUCGCAGCCCGAGGAGGAGCGUGAGGAGGUCCUUCCGAGGCGGGGACUUGUUCGAAGCGCAGUUGGCGCUUCACGUUCCCAGAGGUCGUCCAUUGUCGAUUCUAAACAAACGGACCCGAAUCCAUCUCCUGGACCAGAUGAUGAAGAAUCUGCUCGAAACACAGAGUCGAGGGAUGUGUCGACCGAACAGCUUGCUGAUCCUUCUCCAGCUGAAGCUGGGGCAGAAAUUAUGGUUGAUGCGACACCAAUGGCGGUACUACAACCUCAGGAUGAUGGUGCAGACGAAAUAUCUGGCGAGACAAAUGCGCCGGAACUAGCAGAGCAGAACUUGAAAAUCGAGGCUCCUCAUGAGAAAAUCCACCCAGCGGUCGAUCAGACGGAUUGGCAGCCAGCGGGGCACCAAGAGGAAGUGCCCGAAGAGCCAGAACAAGCGGCCGCAACGUCUACGUCCACUGAAACCGAAUCCGAGCUGGCUCUAUCUCAGAUAAUUGAGCCAUCCGCCAACACUGCAGGUGCUGAGAACUUACUAGAGAUAUCCUCAACAGCUGAUUCAGGGGACUUCGAAAUGUCCUCAUCAUUACCUCUGGGAGGAGAACGCGACGCCCGUGAAGUGGCUGCUCUUGCUGGAAACGAAGCCUCACUUAGCAGGGUCUCGAGUGUGGCCUCUUUCUACACGACAGAUUCCCUCGCACAAGACCCGCCCAGUGAAAACAUCCAGAUUAUCGACUUUGAACAACAGCCUCAUGCGGAAGGGUUUACUCCUUUCUUUUUGAAUAGGAAUCAACACCAAAGGGGCCUUUCUGAGCUGACAGUCACGGCAUCCACCGUGGAAUCCGAACAGAGUCCUAAAAUGCGACCUUCUACCAGUGGUUCAAUGGACAAGGCUUCGACUCCUGGUCUGGCGCAAUCUUCCAUGUCAGAUACGUCCUGGUCGGAGGUUCAUACGCCUCCGACAUCGCCGAUCAAGGAGGGAUUAAGACGGCGCUUGCACGCCAAACGAUCCUUUUCGCCUCUCCCGCCAUCCACUACUCUGCUAGCACCUUCGCCGUCCCCAACAAACUAUGGGAGUCCUUUCACUGCCGAAUUCCUCCAGAAAGCUGCCAACGUUGCAUUUGUCAAACCCAUUGAGGCCGUUGUCCUAUUGGUCCAUAUUCUAGCCCGAAUAGCCGGCGGUGCCACGGUGAGCGACCUACUAAGUGGCGAGUUGUUUCGCCGACCGGAAACACACCGGCGGAGGACGAGCUUCCCGGACCAACCUCCAGCGCCAAGGGAUGAUAGCGAGGAAGAAGAUGACUUUGGAGUGCCAAUCAGGGGGCGAACGAAAAGUCAUGAUCCAGGCUUGAAGCCCGAUGCUACAAACACUAUACCGACGAAAGAUGACGAUGCAGACUCCAUCUUUGAUCUGGAUUAG